GCCAACACUCUAAUGAUGUUGUUUCAUGAAUACAUGUCAAGUUCUGGAGUGAAAACAAUUAUGGGCUUGAUUCUUCCUCUUGAUGGAGCAGGGCUGCGGCACAGCUGGCAGAUCCUCAGCGACCUUGGGAAGUUUUCACUCUUUUUCUUUUGUGUCUGUCUUUGUGUGUGUGUGUAGAGCUCAUUUAGGAUUUAAGACCGAGCCAGUAAAGCAGUGAUGGAUCAGAUUUACGAGCCGUCGUUAAACACCAGUGGCGUACAAGGACAUGAUGGAGGGAUGACGAGCAAAUGUGUUUUAUAAGAUGGAGGGAAAGAUGGAGCCAGGAGGAGGAGAUAAAAAGAUAACUUCACAUUAUUGGACACUGGGGGGGCACCUUCCUGCGUGGUUCGGAUCCGACAAACAUUUUCUCUUCAAACGCAAACUUGUUGUUGUUUCCUCUUGCCUGUGACGCAAAGCAGCUGCACUGAAGCACUUUCUCCUGCAGCGAAUCAUCAAAGUUUCAUCUCUCGUCUGCUCUUAUUUCCAUCUCCUCCUCUCUCAAGACUGAGCCAACAUCUCCAUUGCCACUUCCAGGAGGUUCUGCCGGUGCUAGCUGGUGGCUGUUACUCGGAGACGACGCAGUGCCUGCAGCGACGUCUGACACAUUGAGGUCAUCUCUUGACAAUCAACAAGUACACUGGUGCAAUCUUCUCCUGCUGAGCCAUCGCAUUCUCUCUCUUUAACAGUGAAUGUGUGCCUGCGUCAAGGUUCUGCUCACUGAACAAGGAUCCUUCCAUCCUUCCUUAAUCCUGUGAUCCUUACUGAUUGCUCCAGAACGAAUCAAGUGUUAAACAUCUCUCCUACAGCUUGUCCUUGCCUCCUCCACCAUUGGUCCCUUUGUGGCGCUUUCAGCCCUAUGAAUGUCGCAUCAUGAUCCUUCGCCAGCUGCUCCGCCCUUCUUCCCGGCAGCCCUGCCCCUUCCUGCUACCUCUUCAGGGCAUCACAGCAUCUCGCCGGUGUCCCUGCACAGAAAGCCCCGCCCUCAGGCCUGAGAUCGGUCAGGCAACUGUGGACGUGUUAGGCCACUCCUACCCCUGCGAUGACUUCACCAACAUCACGCCAAAGAUCCUGGCCAAAGUGGGACGCAAUCUCCACAACCAAUCCCAUCAUCCUCUCUGGCUCAUCAAGGAGAGGAUCAAGGCUCACUUCUACAGUGCCUACAUCGGUCGCUGGGGCAACCCGCUCUUCUCCGUCCAUGACAACCUGAGCCCCGUGGUUACCGUGGAGCAGAACUUUGACAGCUUGCUGAUCCCGCCUGACCACCCCAGCAGGAAGCGUGGAGAUAACUACUACCUCAACAGGGCCACCAUGCUUCGCGCUCACACCUCUGCCCACCAGCGGGAGUUGGUAAGAUCCGGCCUGGAUGCCUUCCUAUUGGCUGGAGACGUUUACCGACGGGACGAGAUUGAUGCCAGUCACUACCCUGUCUUCCACCAGAUGGAGGGGGUGCGACUCUUCUCCAACCAUGAGCUCUUCUCCAAAGUCAAAAACGGUGAAGACCUCCAGAUGUUUGAGGCCUCUGGUCGCAGGACGCCUCAGAAACAGGAAACGCACAGCCUGGAGGCUGUUAAGCUGGUGGAGUUCGACCUGAAACAUACUCUGACGCGACUCAUCGCUCACCUGUUUGGAGAAGAUGUGGAGGUGCGGUGGGUGGACUGUUACUUCCCCUUCACUCAUCCUUCCUUUGAGAUGGAAGUGCGUUUCCAGGGCGACUGGAUGGAGGUGCUGGGCUGUGGAGUCAUGGAGCAGCGGCUACUCAACUCUGCCGGUGCCGACAACAAGCUGGGCUGGGCGUUCGGACUAGGCCUGGAGAGGCUGGCCAUGGUUCUCUACAACAUCCCCGACAUCCGGAUCUUCUGGAGCCAAGAUGAGCGCUUCCUCACGCAAUUCCAAGUGGACGACAUACACAAGGCUGUCCACUUCCAGGCACUCAGCAAAUAUCCCCCCCUGCACAAUGACAUCUCCUUCUGGCUGCCCGCGGACGAGCGUGUCUUCGAUGCCAACGACUUCUAUGAGCUGGUGCGCUCCGUCGCUGGGGACCUGGUGGAGAAGGUCUCGCUGGUGGAUGACUUCACGCACCCCAAGAGUGGGAGGCGGAGUCUCUGCUUCCGCAUUGUCUACCGCCACACGGAGCGUACACUGAGUCAACAGGAAGUCGGUCUGGUCCACCAGAGGAUCGAGCGCAGCGCUGAGAGCGAAUUGGGCGUGGAGGGUCGAUACUGAGCUGGGCACUUUAAUAUUAGGUACGCCAUUAGGCGCCCUCACGGUAGAUAUGGAAUCAGCUGGGUGUGAAUGCUUUAAGUCGGAUGUUGAUAUUAUACUGUUGUGAUGUGCUUUUUUAAAAUAAAAAAUAA